AUGCGUCUAGUACGGCAUGGAUCGAACGUCUCUAGAACUUUGUUGUCGCUGGCUAACCUACUUGUAGGUGAAAGGGAGAGUCGAGUGCGUAAAUCAAUGCCUCCUAGUGGAAAUGCACGUUGUUUGAAAGAGUCGAUUGUUGUUGUUGUUUUAAACUCCCUAAAACACCCCGAUAAUUGGAAAAGUGCCAUUCAACGUUGCAGUAGUAUUGGUCCUAGUAUUGCUAGCAGCAGAAGCAGCAGCAUCAGCAGCAGCAGCAGUAGUAGUAGUAGGAGCAGCAGUAGUAAAAGUAGUAUAAGUAGCAGCAGUAGUAGUAGUAAUUGCCUAAGAAGUAGAAGCAGUAUAAGUAGCAGUAGCAGCAGUAGUAGUAGUAGCUGA